AUGGCUCUCUCCCAGAAAAUCCAGACCCCCUCCUGCACCUACGAGCAGCCCCUCGGCCUGUUCAUCAACAAUGAGUUUGUCAAGGGCGUAGACGGCAAGACCUUCGAGGUUAUCAACCCCCACAACGAAAAGGUCUUUGUCUCCGUGCACGAGGCCACCGAGCAGGACGUCGACCGCGCCGUCGCCGCCGCCCGCAAGGCCCUCGAGGGCGAAUGGAAGACCGUCACCCCCACCGCCCGCGGCCGCAUGCUGGUCCGCCUGGCCGACCUCAUGGAGCAGCACUGUGACACCCUCGCCGCCAUCGAGGCCCUCGACAACGGCAAGUCGCUCUCCAUGGCCAAGGCCGAUGUCGCCAACUCCGCCAACUGCAUCCGCUACUACGGCGGCUGGGCCGACAAGAUCCACGGCAAGGUCAUCGACACCGACCACGAGACACUCACCUACACCCGCCACGAGCCCGUCGGCGUCUGUGGCCAGAUCAUCCCCUGGAACUUCCCGCUCCUGAUGUGGGCCUGGAAGGUCGGCCCCGCCGUCGCUGCCGGCAACGCCGUGCUCAUCAAGUCCGCUGAGCAGACCCCGCUCAGCGCCCUGUACAUGGGCAACCUCGUCAAGGCCGCCGGCUUCCCCGCCGGCGUCAUCAACGUCCUCUCCGGCUUCGGCCGCGUCGCCGGCGCCGCCAUCUCCUCGCACAUGGGCAUCGACAAGGUCGCCUUCACCGGCUCCACCGCCGUCGGGCGCCAGGUCCUCCAGGCCGCCGCCAAGAGCAAUCUCAAGAAGGUCACCCUCGAGCUCGGCGGCAAAUCGCCCAACAUCGUGUUCAACGACGCCGACAUCGACAACGCCAUCUCCUGGGUCAACUUUGGCAUCUACUUCAACCACGGCCAGUGCUGCUGCGCCGGCAGUCGCAUCCUCGUCCAGGAGGGCAUCUACGACCGCUUCCUGCAGCGCUUCAAGGAGCGGGCUCAGCAGAACAAGGUCGGCGACCCCUUCCACCCCGACACCUUCCAGGGGCCCCAGGUCUCCCAGCUCCAGUUCGACCGCAUCAUGAGCUACAUCGACCAGGGCAAGAAGGACGGCGCCACUGUCGAGGUCGGCGGCGAGCGCCACGGCACUGAGGGCUACUACAUCCAGCCCACCAUCUUCAGCAACGUCAACGACGAGAUGAGCAUCGUCAAGGAGGAGAUCUUUGGGCCCGUGUGCUCGAUCCAAAAGUUCAAGACCGAAGAAGAGGCCAUCAAGAUCGCCAAUGGCACCAACUAUGGUCUGGCGGCCGCCAUCCACACCAAGGACUUGAACACGUCCAUUCGCGUCUCCAACGAGCUCAAGGCAGGCACUGUCUGGGUCAACAGCUACAACAUGAUCUCCUACCAGGCGCCGUUUGGUGGUUUCAAGGAGUCCGGCAUGGGCCGUGAGCUAGGCGAGUAUGCGCUCAACAACUACACCGAGAUCAAGACGGUCCGCAUCCGUCUGGGCGACGCGAUGUUUUGA